UUCAACAAUUUCAUCCCUCCAUUUUCACCUGUUUCCUUCAACCUUUGUUUAAACUCUCCAUAUUUCUCACACAUUUAGGAUCAAUAUUCUCGAUCUAUUUCAAUUCCUCUCCAGUCAUGUCAAGUAGUGAUAGAGGCAAAGAUUUAGCUGAGGGAUCCUCAAGAUCCCCAGGAGAUCAAUCGAUAACAACACCUAGUCGAUACGAGUCCCAAAAACGACGAGAUUGGAACACUUUUAAUCAGUACUUGAGGAAUCAGAGGCAACCAAUUCCGCUAUCUCAGUGCAAUGGCAACCACGUACUAGAGUUUCUUGGAUACCUGGACCAGUUUGGAAAGACUAAGGUUCAUUUACAAGGUUGUAUGUUCUAUGGACAACCCGAGCCACCGGCUCCUUGUACUUGUCCGCUCAGACAAGCUUGGGGAAGCCUUGAUGCACUCAUCGGUAGGCUUCGAGCUGCCUACGAAGAAAAUGGCGGCUCGCCUGAGACGAAUCCAUUUGCUAGCACUGCGAUUCGCGUGUAUCUUAGGGAAGUGAAAGAGUGUCAAGCUAAGGCCCGUGGCAUUGCGUAUAAGAAGAAACAAAAGAAGGCUAGCCCUAGCACAGGAGAUGAUGAUUCCAGUUCUACAGGGUUUCUCUCAUUUUCUUGAUCCACUAAUGCAGUUAUAUAUUGCCUUGUGCCUCCCCUCGAAAAUAUAUAAUUAAGUAAAUAAAAGUCUGAUCUUUAAUCACUUAAGUUUCAAAUGAAAUGAUCAUACAAACACUUGUAACGCUAUUCGAAUAAGUGGAUUUUGAGAAAUUAUGUAAUUAUGCAAAGUUUGAAAUAUGAGAUCACUAAGGAUUGUUGUGCCA